AUGCACAUUGUGUUUGUUGUCUGCACUGUCAGGAGACUCAGGGCAGGAAUUAAAACCGCUUGUCGAGUCGUUGAUGCUACCUCGUCGCAGAGUAGCCUAGAUCCCGAGUCCUUGCCUCGUUGCUAUUUUGCACAAUUAUCCCAUUCGUCGCGGACUAAAUGCACAAUUUGCUGGCCGGAUUAUUCUCUAGGUUGUACAUUGGAUUGUAUCCUGCGGUAUGUAGCUAGCUUGUUGGCUAACAGGCUACCCGGCUUUGCGCCAGGAGUGAAGACCAAUCAAUCACCGGAUACCUUCACCGCUAGUUUUUGUGUACUGUGCGUGUGGUGCUGCUGAGGCAAGGGGAAAACUCAGCGGUCACCGGUGGCUGGAUCUUGUGGCGUGAGCACUAAUGCAGUCUAGCCAGCACGGCGAUUCCCAGUCACCGGUGUUAAAACGCGGUGUGUAAAACACUCGGGCCAUCUUCGAGCCAGAUUAUAAUAGAUAGGUCGCCAGCUCAAUUGCGGGACAAGUGCAACGCAAAGAUGUUGCAAGUGCUGGUUUGCGGCGUCGUAGUGUUUCCAGGUCUCUUCUUCGUCUUUCGGAAAGUACUACCGUCCAUUUUCAAACAGUGGACAGAUGCCGAUGUUGUACUGGUCAGCGAGAGGCUGGUGUCCUCCAUCCACGCAGUCAUGGCAACCACAGCGGGCGUCAUUGUGGUGUCCGGAUGCAGCAACAACGUCCUGACUGACAGGCACUGGUUGACCACCUACUUUGUGAUCUGGUACGGUGUGCCCUACAUGACCUAUGACAUCUACGCCAUGUACCUCAGCCACUACCACCGCUUCCGGGUCAAAGGCCACGAGGAGUAUAAGGAGCACUCUCUGAGGACGGUCAACACCUUCGUCCGGCGAGAAUUCCUGCUGGUCCUCCAUCACAUUGCUCUGCUCACCAUCCUGCUGCCUGUCACUCUGUUCCUCAGGAGGGAGCAGGGGGACUACUUUAUCGGGUGCCUCUUCCUGACGGAGCUGAGCACACCCUUCGUCUCCCUGGGGAAGAUCCUUAUCCAGCUGGGGCUGCAGGACUGCUCGGUGCACAAGGCCAACGGCGGGAUGGUCCUGCUCAGCUUCUUUGUGUGUCGGAUCGCUCUGUUCCCCUACAUGUACUGGGUGUACGGGCGCCACUAUGGCGUCCCGGUGUACGGAGUCCCCUUCCACCUGCCGCUGUCCGUCAACCUGGGCAGCCUGUGCAUCAUGGCACCGCAGGUGUACUGGUUUGUGCUGCUCUGCCGUAAGGGCUACCGGCUCUACCAGCGCAACCGGCAGGCUGCCUUGCACUGCCCGGCACCCGCCUCCCCCCCCGGCCUCAUGGACAAGGCCACGGGCGACCAGUAGAGAGGCGCUCUGCUCCACCACGCAACAACCGACGACUACUACUGCUACUACCCCAGUCCCCCAGAGGAAUACUACUGCUACUGCUACUAUUGUUACUACUAUAACUACACUAGUACUGCUCCUGUUACACCCCCCCCCCCCCCCCACCCCCAUUUUCCAUUUGCUGAGUUACCCACCUCUCCCUCCUUUCCUAUUCCUAAGCCCAGCACUACUGGUGAUUGAUGACUCCGCCCCAGGGCGGAUCUUGAUUGGAUGUUACUCUUGAUUUCUACAGCAACCACCUGGGAGACCCUUUAAGGAUGAAGGACAAGGAGAGAAAUGGAUGAGGAGGCCUCCUUGUUUCCAUAGUUCCCACAGAGGGACUACACCUCCCUCUCUCUCUCUCUCUCUCCCCCCCUCUCUCUCUGCAGGGGUUCUGUGUUACAGUGAGGAUGAAUGAAUGCUCCGUCGGGUUUGUUUAUGUUUUGUGUUGUUUUCUGAAGAGUAUUUAAAGUUGUGAAGGGUUUAGGGUUGGUCCAGUUUUGUGAAGGGUUCGUUUACAGACCCAGGAGUGCAGGUGUGACCUUGUCCUCAAGGUGAGGUGUCAGCGCCAAGCUCUCUGCUCCGGCUUAGCUUCACUAAACCCAGUGAAUGUGAUGAUGGAACCACCGCCCUGGUCUCCUCCUCCAUGACCCCUCCCAUCGCCUGUUCCUUUACUCGUCACGCCUGUCGCCAUGGUGAUAAGGAUGCCGCAGUGUCCCAGUCUUGGUUACGAACCUGGCCCCGCCCCUCACGUCAGUGGCCCCGCCCCUCACGUCAGUGGCCCCGCCCCUCACACCAGUAGCCCCACCCCUCACGUCAGUGGCCCCGCCCCUCACGUCAGUGGCCCCGCCCCUCACGUCAGUGGCCCCGCCCCUCACGUCAGUGGCCCCGCCCCUCACACCAGUGGCCCCGCCCCUGGAGGGGGGACAGAGUCUCGUUGGGCAGAUGUUCCUCCAGGCCAGCGGGGGGCGAUGAAGCUCAGUCUGUUUCCGAGCGGGACUGCAGGGAAAGGGUUUGACCCCAUCCUGAUCACCAUGGUAACAGGCAUGGCUGCCAGGUGCUUUACACAUUCUUACUAUCUUUAUAGAGGUCAAGUUUGUGGGGGUGGGGUUACUACAGGUCAAGGGGGUGGGGUCAGAUGAGGUCAAGGGG